AUGGCGGUCGGCUUUCGCGCCGAAGCAUUUCGAAUAAUUCUGUUAUGCUCUCUGUGGUACACGAUCAGCUCAACAAACAAUGUAAUUGGGAAAAAGCUGCUUAUGGAUUUUCCCUAUCCUGUCACAGUGGCGAUGGUUCAUCUGCUCUCUACAGCGACAUAUUUAUCACCAACUCUUCACAUCUGGAAAGUUCCCCGUAUGCCUUCCAUACCUAAAUCUAGUCUCAUCACUUUGAUUUUACCACUCUCUUUUGGAAAAGCCUUUUCGUCUAUAACAAGCCAUAUUAGUAUAUGGAAAGUACCUGUCUCAUACGCUCAUACAGGUAAGACUGUGAAAUUAUAAUAGAAGGUCCAUCAUUGUAGAUUGAUGCAUUUAAUGACAUCUACUCGACCCGGCAUUCAAACUCCAUCAAUCCACGCACGUAUACGUCUUUAAACUCAAUCCAUAUAUAGCUAGGUGGAAUACAAUGUACUUUGUACAGAAAUUCAGUUAACAGAAAAACUUUACUCAUCGUAUCUACGAAUGGAAUACUUCGUAUAUUUUAAAGUAAUUUAAUAAUUACUAGAAAAGUACCGUAAAAUUCCGAAAAUAAGCCCCUGGGCUCAUAUUUUUCAAAGGCCUUUUUUGAGGGGCUUAUUUUUGGAGGGGCUUAUGUUCAGAUCAUAAUUGGCUAAGCUUAUACUUGGAAGGAAAUUUGCAUCUCAAAAUCGAUUGGGCUAACUUAUAGUUGGAAGGAAAUUUAUGUCAGUAAUUUGCAGAAAGGUUUUACUGAAACUCUCCUUGGGGAUGUAGAUCUUUCUAAAAAAUGCAGCCAUGCAAGUACUUUGUCUAUAUGGACUGAGGAAAUCCAAGCCCAGAAUGAAGAGUGAACUCUGCAAACAGCAAUAGACUGUAACACUUUCUGACUGUAAUCAUUUGACACACGUAAUAGUUCUUUGGUAAAUGCAAAAAUUUGUAUGUUACUGUACCGUUAUUGCUUUGUUCUACUUUGUGUUUGAGGGCAAUUUCCAAGUUUGCAAGUACAAUAUAUUCGGAGGGAGGGGGGGGGGUUGUGUUAUGAGUUUGGGGGGCUUAUACAUGGAGGUGCUUAUUUUCAGAAUUUUACGGUAUUACAGUGCUUAGAUUUUUACUCAACCACCGUUUUGGUAAGGUCAAGGACAAGACUUAGUUACUAUAUUAUUUUUGAAAAUUUAUAUUUGUGUGGAUUUAGAAUAGUCAUUUUUCUCUCCUACUGCCGCCAUAUUGGAAAGCUAGAAGACCCUGGGGACCAGUUUGUCAUUUUAAUAUACCAUAUUUGGAAGAUGGCAGUCCUCACAACUGAAUUUUUUGUUACUGGAUGUUUGCUUGUAAAAGCCACAGAAAAGCUGAAUUGUACUGGGUGAUUGUUUACAAUGGCAACAAAAGCCUUUAGAGUAUUAGUCUCCUUCACAGCCAUUUUAGUGUUGUCACAGAACACUCCUUCUCAAUCCUUCAUGUGAGGAGGAGCAUUGCUUGACAUACAGAAAAUGGCUACCAGUUGUGACAUAAUAAUUACAGGUUCUAAGUGCUGGUUUUUGUUUUUAUUUUGUCUUAUUUCUCUCUUGGACAUACUUCUUCAACAUCCCUUAAAAGUUAAGGUGAGUGUGAGAAUGUUUUCCAUUAUUGAUUUUUUAAAUAACUAUACUUAUUCUCAUUUAAUUGUCAACCAUACAAGGUGAUGUGCAUGCCUACAUCUUGCUUGCAUUUAAACAAAACUCCUUCUUCUUUCUCUCUUUGAUAAGCAUUAUUACUAAAUACUCUUCAUAGCGCUUGUUCUAUUUUUUUUUUUUUUUGUGUUUUGAAUAAACAUUAUUCUGUUUAUUUCACAAGUUGGAUACAAGUAGAUACUUUGUGUAUGGGACAUUUUUUGCACAGCUCAUGUCUAGGCCAGUUGUGAAUUAGCCUCUUAUGCCACCUUUUAUAAUCAAGGUGUUGUUUAAAGAAAAUACAACAAUAUUACUCAUUGGGUUACAAUGUAUGUUGCUCAUGGUAUUGCUGGUAUUAUUUAAGAACAUGUAGAUGGAUCAGUUAAUUUACUUCAUCAAAUUGAUUUGCUUCCAACAGGCAACUAUGCCAGUCUUCACAGUUAUUCUUUCAAGAUUAAUUUUAGGAGAGUCACAGUCUCCAGAGGUAAGUAAAUGUGGAUUUAUGAUCAUUCACUGAGCAUUUCAACCCUCAAUUUUUUUGCAUAGUAAAAUAAUACUGAUUGAAUUCAUUUAUUUUGUACAUGUACUCUGCAGGUGUAUUGCUCAUUAAUUCCUGUUGUUGGUGGAGUGAUGAUAGCAACUGCAACUGAAAUAUCUUUUAAUUUUAUUGGCCUCCUCAGUGCAUUGCUAGCCACAUUCACUUUUUCUAUACAAAACAUAUUUACCAAAAAGGUGAGUACUUCUGCUUAUGCAUGUUACUUGAUUAAAAUUCCAUCAGUAGUGGUCAGAACUCACUGAGUUUGCCUGUCCCUGAGGAACUCAGAUAGUGAAGGGUAGGCAACAUAGAAAUGCAAUGAAAAAUUUGUGGUAACAAACAUCCCCGAUUUCCCUUCAUCUUUAUUUAUCCACUCUCAAUUAUCUGCAAGCUUGGAGAAAGCUGUCGCUGGGUUUAGAAGGCAUGGCACAUUAAUAACAUUGUUAACAUGAUUAUUGAUAUUAUUAAUAUACGAAAAUACUCCUAAAUAGCUAUAUUUCUUUACAUUACAUUCUCUGAUUUCAUGCACAGAUUAAAGAAGUGUACUCAUUUACCACCUUCACGUAUAUUGACACUUCCAGGGUCCGCACAGUCUUGAAACAUCCUUGAAUUCCAUUUUUCCUUGAAAACUCCUUACAUUUCUGCACAAGUCCUUGAAAAGUCUGUGAAUUUUCUUCAACUUUGAAUCCCUUCCCAGUUGGGGAAACACAUAUCACUAAGAAUAUGUGUUUCCCAGGUGGGAGAACAAAGAACACAUAUCACUAGGUAUACGUGUUUCCCAGUUUGGGGAACACAUAUCACUAGGGAUACGUGUUUCCCAGGUGGGGGAACACAUAUCACUAGGGAUACGUGUUUCCCAGGUGGGGGAACACAUAUCACUAGGAAUAUUUGUUUCCCAGGUGGGGGAACACAUAUCACUAGGGAUACGUGUUUUUCGAAGCUGGGGGAAAACAUAUCACUAAGAAUAUGUGUUUCCCAGGUGGGGGAACACAUAUCACUAGGGAUACGUGUUUCCCAGGUGGGGGAACACAUAUCACUAGGGAUACGUGUUUCCCAGGUCGGGGAACACAUAUAACUAGGGAUACCUGUUUCCCAGGUGGGGGAACAGAUGUCACUAGGGAUACGUGUUUCCCAGGUGGGGGAACACAUAUCACGAGGGAUACAUGUUUCCCAGGUGGGUGAACACAUAUCACUAGGGAUAUGUGUUUCCCAGAUGGGGGAACACAAAUCACUACGGAUACAUGUUUCCAAGGUGGGGGAACACAUAUCACUAGGGAUACCUGUUUCCCAGGUGGGGGAACACAUAUCACUAGGGAUACAUGUUUCCCAGGUGGGUGAACACAUAUCACUAGGGAUAUGUGUUUCCCAGAUGGGGAACACAAAUCAUUAGGGAUACAUGUUUCCAAGGUGGGGUAACACAUAUCACUAGGGAUAUGUGUUUCCCAGGUGGGUGAACACAUAUCACUAGGGAUAUGUGUUUCCCAUGUGGGGGAACAGAUAUCACUAGGGAUACGUGUUUCCUAGGUGGGGGAACACAUAUCACUAGGGAUACGUGUUUCCCAGGUGGGGGAACAGAUAUCACUAGGGAUACAUGUUUCCCAGGUAGGAGAACACAUAUCACUAGGUAUACGUGUUUCCUAGGUGGGUGAACACAUAUCACUAGGGAUAUGUGUUUCCCAGAUGGGGGAACACAAAUCACUAGGGAUACAUGUUUCCAAGGUGGGGGAACACAUAUCACUAGGGAUAUGUGUUUUUUAGGUGGGGAAACACAUAUCACUAGGGAUACGUGUUUCCCAGGUCGGGGAACACAUAUCACUAGGGAUACCUGUUUCCCAGGUGGGGGAACACAUAUCACUAGGGAUACGUGUUUCCCAGGUGGGUGAACACAUAUCACUAGGGAUAUGUGUUUCCCAGGUUGGGGAACACAAAUCACUAGGGAUACGUGUUUCCCAGGUGGUGGAACAGAUAUCACUAGGGAUACGUUUUUCCCAGGCGGGUGAACACAUUUCACUAGGGAUAUGUGUGUCCCAGAUGGGGGAACACAAAUCACUAGGGAUACAUGUUUCCCCGGUGGGGAAACACAUAUCAGUACGGAUAUCUGUUUCCCAGAUGGGGGAACACAAAUCACUAGGGAUACAUGUUUCCCCGGUGGGGAAACACAUAUCAGUACGGAUAUCUGUUUCCCAGAUGGGGGAACACAAAUCACUAGGGAUACAUGUUUCCCCGGUGGGGGAACACGUAUCACUAGGGAUAGGUGUUUCCCAGGUGGGGGAACACAUAUCACUAGGGAUACGUGUUUCCCAGGUGGGGGAACACAUAUCAGUAGGGAUAUGUGUUUCCCAGAUGGGGGAACAUCACUAGGGAUAUGUGUUUCCCAGGUGGGGGAACACAUAUUACUAGGGAUACGUGUUUCCCAGGUGGGGGAACACAUAUCACUAGGGAUACGUGUUUCCCAGGUGGGGGAACACAUAUCACUAGGGAUACGUGUUUUCCCAGGUGGGGGAACACAUAUCACUAGGGAUACGUGUUUCCCAGGUGGGGGAACACAUAUCACUAGGGAUACGUGUUUCCCACGUGGGGGAACACAUAUCACUAAAGAUACUCGUUUCCCAUUUUUUGGAACACAUAUCACUAGGGAUAUGUGUUUCCCAGGUGGGGGAACACAUAUCACUAGGGAUACGUGUUUCCCAGGUUGGGGAACACAUAUCACUAGGGAUACGUGUUUUCCAUGUUGAGGAACACUUAUCACUAGGGAUACAUGUUUCUCAGGUGGGGGAACACAUAUCACUAGGGAUAUGUGUUUCCCAGGUGGGGGAACACAUAUCACUAGGGAUAUGUGUUUCCCAGGUGGGGGAACACAUAUCACUAGGGAUAUGUGUUACCCAGGUGGGGGAACACAUAUCACUAAGGAUAUGUGUUUCCCAGGUGGGGAACACAUAUCACUAGGGAUAUGUGUUUCCCAUUUAGGGGAACACAUAUCAGCAGGGAUAUGUGUUUCCCAGAUGGAGGAACACUUAUUACUAGGGAUACGUGUUUCCCAUGUGGGGUAACACAUAUCACUAGGGGUAUGUGUUUCCCAGGUUGGGAACAGAUAUCACUAGGGAUACGUGUUUCCCAGGUGGCGGAACAGAUAUCACUAGGGAUACGUGUUUCCGAGGUGGGGGAACAUAUAUUGCACUCGGGAUUUGUGUUUUCCAGGUAGGGGAACACCUGUCACUAGGGAUACGUGUUUCCCAUGUGAGGGAACACAUAUCACUACCGAUAUUUGUUUCCCAUGUUGGGGAACACAUAUUACUAGGGAUACGUGUUCCCCAGGUGGGAAAACACAUAUCACUAGGGAAAUUUUUUCCAGGUGGAGGAACACAUAUUACUAGGGAUAUGUGUUUCCCAGGUUAGGGAACAAGUAUCUCUAGGGGUGCGUAUUUCCUUGGUGGGGGAACAUAUAUGACUAGGGAUAUGUGUUUUUUAGGUAGGAGAACACAUAUCGCUAGGAUUAGUGUUUUGAAGGUAGGAGAACACAUAUUAAUAGGGAUACGUGUUUCUAGGUGGGGGAACACAUAUCACUAGGGAUACACUAGUGAUACGUGUUUCUUAGGUGGGAAAACACAUAUCACUAGGGAAAUUUUUUUCCCAGGUGGAGGAACACAUAUCACUAGGGAUAUGUGUUUCCCAGGUUAGGGAACAAUUAUCUCUAGGGAUGCGUGUUUCCCAGGUGGGGGAACAUAUAUGACUAGGGAUAUGUGUUUUUCAGGUAGGAGAACACAUAUCACUAGGAUUAGUGUUUUCGAGGUGGGAGAACACAUGUUACUAGGGAUACGUGUUCCUUGGUAGGGGAACGCAUAUUCUUAGGGAUAUGUGUUUUCGAUUUAGGGAACACAUUUUAGUAGGGAUAUGUGUUUCCCAGGUUACAGGCCGCAAAAGCCUUAAAGUAGCCGGCGAUGGCGCCGGUUGCUGGCGCAUUUUGACAACCCGGCCAAAAGUCCUUGAAAAGUGUUUUAAAAUGAAUGGAAUUUUUUGUAUGAACCUUGAAUUUAAUUAAAUUUUUCGCGUGUUUAUAUCAGGCUAUACAAACAUAGGAAAAAAGUUUUCUAUUGCUUUUAUAAAAUAACUUUGCCAAGAAAAAACGCAAUACCCUUUGUUAUGGCACUGAUUAAAAGAGAAAGUCUUACAAGUCACAAAGUCCUGUACACGAAGUCUUGCACGCAUAAUUAGUUCUUUUUUUGCAAAAACAUGCUAUUCAAAAUACGGAUUUUCUCGUCCAAACUUUCAGCUUAAGCGAAAAAAAAAAUGACACAUUUUCUUUGUAGCGAUUUUCCAAGUUUCAGCCGUCAAAGGAAUGGGUAAAUAAAGUAAACUUGUCGAGUUUUGAACUCGAAAAGUUUUUCAAAUUCGUGCUUGCGUGAUCAGCCCGAGAAAAGCAAAAGAUCUUGAUGCCACAACUUUGCCACAACCAUGUUUACAUACUCUCAUACAAACACUCCUCUCGGCCAAUCAGAGGGUGCGUACUAUCUUAGUUAUUUUACAAUUAGAGGUAUAGUAUUAAUUACAAUGCUCUACAUACUAUUUGAUAUGCACACUGACAUUGGGCAAGAGAUACAACCACCUUCAUUGCAUUUUUGGUUAUGCACAAUUAUGGAAGGCAAUGUGUCAGUACUCCGUUUGUUUCAUUGCCCCUGUUUAUAUUUUAUAAAGUAUUGUUUUUUUAUUUCGUAGGCAAUGAGGGACUUGCGUCUUAAUCAUUUACGUUUAUUACUGUUGAUGGCAAUUAUAGCAUCAGCAAUGUUAAUACCAUUUUGGGCAUUGUAUGAUUUACGAAGAGUUAUUUUAGUAAUUGAAUCGGUAAGUGUCUUACUGCUGGCGUGGUAGUACCAGAGACGUUCUAUUUUACUGUCCUUUUGUAACUAUUUAUUGUUAAUAAUUUUCACUUUUUUGCAUUGAUUGAUUGAUUGGUUUACUUUUAUCUGAAUUCGGUAAUUUCAUAAGUUACAAACUUCGUUACAUGAAAGCCAUAUUGAAGCAUAAGUAAAUACUGUAUAAAACAGCAAAAACCUGUAAAAAACAAUAUGGUCAAUAUGUACAGUUGAUAAAAUCUGGUCAACAAAUUGCUUGCCUGCUGGCCAGUUUACUACUAAAAAAAAACUUCAGACUCAGAUGCCUUUAUUUCAGUUAGCAGUGAAUUCCACAGCGUUCCUCCUUGACCUAUAUAUGAGAAUGACCCUUUGUAAUAUUCUGUCUUCCAGUGCAACAUAUAUGCUUUGUUUCUUACAUGUUUUUAGCUUAUAUUAUGACUUAUAUAAUAUAAUGGUUGUCCUUUCAUGCAUUUGUUGCUGUUUUUGCAGGGUGAACAAGAUCUUCUAUGGCUACUUGUGAUUCUGACAUUAAAUGGAUUUUUAAAUUUUGCUCAGAACAUGGUUGCCUUCACAGUUCUAUCACUGGUGACACCAUUAAGCUAUUCUGUUGCUGCUUCAACCAAGAGAAUCCUUGUAAUAACUGUAUCCAUUGUGUUAUUGCGUAAUCCAGUCAGUGUCAUCAAUGUGCUUGGGAUGUUUGUCGCUAUAUUUGGAGUAUUUCUUUAUAAUAAGGUGAGUGAUGCGCGCGCAGCAGUGGAGUGACCCUGUGGACCCCCUUACAUCCUCUCUUCCUACCCUGCGGGCAAGAAUGGGAAGAAUGGAUAACAAUGACUUUUAACGAACAGGAUUUCAAACAUCUGUAUCAAAAGCAAAACCCUUUCGUACAAUGUUCUCUUACCCUCCUCUUAUCAAAAAUAUUAGUGGGUUUCUUUUACUUUCAGGAAACAUUCCAAUUAAUUGUUAUAUCCCUAUGACAAAAUCGUUUAGAACCGAGAGCUAACACUUGUAAAGAAUGGCUUAAAUGUUACGGGUCAAAAUUAAAUUCAGGUUAAAUUUUUUUAACCUAGGUUGAUUCUCAAUGUCCUUUGUCUCCUAGCCCUAAUUCGUGAUUAAUUUGGUCUAGUAGACGAAGGGAAUUUAGAAUCAACCAAGGUUAAACAUUUUUAAACUGAAAUGAAUUUUGUCCUGCAAUAGCUAUACCAUAAUACUUCACGGCCCACAGCGAUGCUUGAGCUCAACGUCAGGCUAAUAACGUCCAAGGUCAUAUUUUAUACAGACCUUCAAUUGGUAGAAUUAUAGCAUUACCAGGCAAUUAAACUCGAGAUUACCAAGAAAACAACUCCAGUUACUGAACUCAGGCCUGUGAAGUUAGGGUUACAAUUCUGCCAUCCCUUACCACUUGACAGUGCUGCCUCUCCCCAAUUGGUUCAUGAAGUUUGACACACAUAAUCCUUUAACCGACUCUUCUGUAUUUUUAGGCAAAAUAUGAGGCCAACAAAAGAAAACAUGAACUACCUUUGCACACAAAACAUAACGCAACUCCAAACCAUGUGAGCAACAAUCAUGCGCACUAUCAUGUGAUCUGA